GCGUCCGUGCUCUGGGUUGAGGCGGCUGGGGCCGAGUUGGGGGGUGGGAGGCGCGGCGCUAUGGCCGAGGGCAGCGGGGAAGUAGUCGCCGUGCCCGCGACCGGGGCUGUCAACGGCCUCAACAAUGGGGCCGGCGGGACCUCGCCGCAGACUAACAACCCGCUAUCGCGGAAGCUGCGUAAGAUCCUGGACACACGGCUGGACAACGACAAGGAGAUGUUGGAAGCUCUCAAGGCACUCUCAACCUUUUUUGUUGAAAAUAGUUUGCGCACUCGAAGAAAUUUACGUGGAGAUAUUGAACGCAGAAGUUUAGCCAUCAAUGAAGAGUUUGUAAGCAUUUUCAAGGGAGUGAAGGAAGAACUUGAAAGCAUACAUGAAGAUGUUCAGGCAAUGAGCAGCUGUUGUCAAGAUAUGACAUGUCGCCUACAGGCAGCAAAGGAACAGACUCAAGAUUUAAUAACAAAAACCACUAAGCUUCAAGCUGAAAGUCAAACAUUAGAAAUAAGAGCACAAGUUGCAGAUGCCUUCUUAUCCAAGUUCCAGCUGUCUUCUGAUGAAAUGAGUCUUCUCCGAGGUACAAGAGAAGGACCUAUCACUGAGGAUUUUUUCAAGGCAUUGGGAAGAGUAAAACAGAUUCAUAAUGAUGUCAAAGUUCUCUUGCGUACAAACCAACAAACAGCAGGUUUAGAAAUUAUGGAACAGAUGGCCUUGCUCCAAGAAACAUCUUAUGAAAGACUUUACCGGUGGGCUCAGAGUGAAUGCAGAACAUUGACACAAGAAUCAUGUGACAUAUCUCCAGUACUGACUCAGGCAAUGGAAGCCCUGCAGGAUAGACCUGUCUUAUAUAAGUAUACCUUAGAUGAGUUUGGAACAGCCAGAAGAAGUACAGUUGUUCGUGGAUUUAUCGAUGCUCUUACAAGAGGGGGCCCAGGAGGUACACCUAGACCCAUUGAAAUGCACUCCCAUGACCCUUUGAGAUAUGUAGGCGAUAUGUUGGCUUGGCUCCAUCAGGCCACUGCUUCUGAAAAGGAACACCUUGAAGCUCUCUUAAAGCAUGUAACUACACAAGGUGUUGAAGAAAAUAUUCAAGAAGUUGUUGGACAUAUUACUGAGGGUGUGUGCAGGCCUCUAAAGGUUCGAAUUGAACAAGUAAUAGUUGCUGAACCUGGGGCAGUUUUAUUAUAUAAAAUUUCUAACCUCCUCAAAUUUUAUCACCAUACAAUCAGUGGCAUUGUUGGAAAUAGUGCAACUACAUUGUUGACUACCAUUGAAGAAAUGCAUUUGCUGAGCAAAAAAAUAUUCUUCAGUAGCUUGAGUCUUCAUGCCAGCAAAUUAAUGGACAAGGUUGAACUCCCACCACCUGAUCUUGGACCAAGUUCUGCAUUAAAUCAGACACUCAUGUUGUUGCGUGAAGUUUUGGCAUCUCAUGAUUCUUCAGUUGUACCAUUAGAUGCCCGUCAAGCCGAUUUUGUGCAGGUUUUAUCAUGUGUCUUGGAUCCUCUUCUCCAGAUGUGCACUGUAUCAGCCAGCAAUUUAGGCACGGCUGACAUGGCUACCUUCAUGGUCAAUUCACUAUAUAUGAUGAAGACAACAUUAGCUCUGUUUGAAUUCACUGACAGACGUCUGGAAAUGCUACAGUUCCAGAUUGAAGCACAUUUGGACACACUUAUAAAUGAGCAAGCUUCUUAUGUUUUAACUAGAGCAGGCGUGAGUUAUAUCUAUAACACCAUACAGCAACAUAAACCCGAACAGGGCCCUUUAGCUAAUUUUCCCAACCUAGAUUCUGUGGCACUGAAGGCUGCAAUGGUUCAGUUUGAUCGCUAUCUGUCAGCCCCAGACAACCUGUUAAUGCCACAGCUGAACUUUCUUCUAAGUGCCACAGUGAAUUUGACUGCCUUUCAAAGGAGAUUUUGACUGAGCACUUCAUCCUUGGAAUAAACUAUUGAAUACAUUUAGGUAGCCAGAAAGUGAGGUUGUAUAGAUAAUGGAGAAAAGAAUAGAAAAUUAAAAUAUCCUUAAAGAAUUCUUCCUUCCUUGUGAUGAAUUAGAAGGGCGUUUUUCUUUUUUCAACUCCAGACUCCAACAUUUACCUUUUAAUAGUAUAAAAAUAGAGGUUGGACUACAGAAACCACAAUUAUGCAUAUUUAUAAAACAUUCUCAGUGUCUUUUCUUACUGAGUCAGAAUUGUUUAUAUGAGUAAUUUAAGAAAUAAAGAGAGUAUAGAUACUUCCUAAAGUGAGCAUGUAGAAAAGUGGGUAUGAUUUGAGGAUUCUUCUAUUCAGGAAUCUUCCUCUAUUAUAUAUGCUAGAAACAAAGCAGGUAUCUUUAAAAAGAAUUAAUUUGGUUUUUUAAAAGAGGUAAAUGAAAUAAUUUUCUUCUCUUUAACUGCCUCCUUUUAAGCCACCUGUCUUUAACUAUCAGGAAUACCUGUGUAAACAAAAAUAAUGCAGGUUUGGGAGUGGGGGUGGGGUGAGCCUACCAGAGGAAUAACGACUAAUGGAAACAGGCUUUAGAGACCUUGGAAAGUCUAAGCCUCAAAAGUAAGGCUAGUCUGUUCUACAGUAAAGGCUACUUUUGACUCACACUAAUAAAGCUUAAAAACAAACCUCUAGAAGAUCAUGUGGAUCUUUACUAAAUUAACUGCCUUCCAGAACAAAACUUAGCACUCGUAAGUAUGACAGAAUGCAGACAAUCAACAGUGUAGCAUUUAUAAUGCUGAGCAUGCAAUAAAAGAAACACUUAGGUUUUAAGCAGUAGGAAAAUAUGAACCAAAACUAGAAGCAAAAUCUGUCAACAGAAACAGACUUACUGACAGAGUUUACAGAAUUAGCAGAUAACGUUUUUAAAACAGCCAUUUAAGUGUGUUCAAGGACUUCAAGGAAAAUUAUAUUGAGAGGAAAAGUUAGGAAUUUUACAAAAUCGGAAUUCUAGGCCUGAAAAGUGCAGUAUCUAAAAUGAAAAACUCACUGGAUAGGCUUAACUGCCAGUUGGACAUUCUAGAGGGAAAGAUAAGUCAGCUUGAAAAAAGGACAAUAGAAAUUGUCCAAACGGAAGCACAGAUAGGAAAAAAUUAAAAGCUGGAAAAAAGAUGAAGAGAGUCUAGGUGAAUUGUGAGAUAAUAAUAAGCAUUCUAAUACAGGUGUAAGUGAAGUGUCAUAGUGAGAUUGAGGCAUAAAAAAUUUGAAGGCAUAAAAUAAUUUUUUUCAAAUGUGAUAGAAAACAUGAACCCACAGACUGAAGAAGCUAAAUAAAUCACAACAAGGAAAGCUGUACCAAGGUACACCAUAAAUUAAAUUACUGAAAACCAGUGAUAAAGAGAAAAAAACUUAAAAAGCAGCCAGAGGGAAAAAAGAUGUAUUAUAUGUGGGGAACAAUGAUAAGUAUACUACUGACUUCUUGUUAGAAACAGUUCAAACCAGAAAACAAUAGAAUAGCAUCUUUAAAAAGGUGGAUGAUAAAACACUUUCAACUUUGUGUAUUCAUCAGAAGUAUUUUUCAAACUGAAAGUGAAAUAAACACAUUUUGAGAUAAGAUAAACAAAAGUAGAGAGGAUUUAUCAUCAGUAUACUGCAAGAAAUGAUAAAGGAAGUUCUUCAGGCUGAAGGAAAAUGUUACCAGAAGAAAACUCCUAUUUACACAGAGGAAUGACAAGUGCAGGAAAUGCUAAAUAUAAAAGAUAGUAGACCGUUUGAAAUAAAAAUAAUAACUGAAUUCUGGAGUUCUUAACACAGAGAAAGUUUAUGACUACAAAAGCACAAAAGAUGGAGUGGGAGGGAAGUAGUAGUAUAUACUGUUGUGAUGUAAGUUUACUCAUGAAGUGUAUAAUAUUGUUUGAAGGUAGAUCGUAAACCUUACAGCAAGCACUAAAGUAAGUAUUAUCUAACAUGCCAACAGAUAAGAUAGAAUGUUAAAAAAACUGUUAUAUCAAAAGAAGGCUGAAAAGGAGAAAAAAAGAACAGAUGGGACAAAUAUAAAACAAGUAACAUGGUGAUAGACUUAAAUUCAUCCUUAUAAGUAACUAUAUUAAAUGUAAAAGAACUACACACUCCAGUUAAAAAGCAGAGGUAUUAGAUUGGGUGAAAAAGCAUGGCCCAACUGUCUGCUGUCUAUAAGAAGUCCACUUCAAAUAUAAGGACACAGUUUAAAAAUAUGGUAUAAGAUAUACCAUGCAAAUAAAAAUUAUAAUAAAGUUGAAGUAGCUAUAUUCUGAUAUUAAUAUCAGAAAAAUUAGACUGAUGGACAGAUAAUACCAAAGAUAAAGAGGGAUAUUUCACAAUAAUAGGAUCAAUUCAUGAAGAAGAUAUAAUAGUAAAUAUGGGCAACUCGUAGCAGAGCUUCAUAAAACAUGAAGUUUAAGUUUAUAGAAUUGAGGAAGAAUAGAUAAAUUGACAUUUAUUUUGAUAUUUCAACCCUCCUUUCUCAAUAAUUGAUAGGAAAAUUAGAAAACUAGCUCAGUGUAAAAGAACUGAACAAUGUCACUAAUCAGCUCAACCCAAUAGAAAGAGAAUACCACACACAACUCUGGAAAAUAACAUUCUUUUAAAGUGCAUGUAGAACAUUCACCAAGCUAAUGUAAAAAUGAACAAAAAGAAAAUAAGAAAGCCCCUAGUGAGUAUUCCCAUCUAUGAACAUGGUAUGCCUGUUUAUCCAGAUCUUCUUUCAGAAUUUUCAAUAAAGAUUUACAGUUUCUUCAUAUAAUUUUCCAUGUAUGUUAUUGGGUUUAUUCUUAGGAAACAAUUCUGUGGCUUUUAUAAGAUCUUUUAUUUUCCAUUACAUGUUCUGAUUAGAUAUUGCUGAUGUACAGGGAAAGUACUAAAUUUUAUGUUAAUUUUGAAUCUGGCCAGUUAACUAAACUCUUAGUUCUAUUAGUUUAUCAAUUGUUUGCCUUGAUUUUUUGUUUUUGGUACAGACAUCUUAAGUUAAUGAGUUUCAUUAAUGUUUUUCAGUUUUAUGACUAAACUCAUUAUAUUGGCUAGGUGCUCCAAAGUAAACAGUAGAUGUAAUGGUGAGUGUGCGUAUUUUAUUUUGAACUUUAAUGUUUCUGAUGUUUCAUCAUCAAGUGUGAUGUUUGCUGUAGAUUUCCAGUGUUCCAACAUGGACACAUGGUAUUCAUCUCUAACUGGGUAUGUAGUGUAGUAAUCUGUAAAUUCAGCAUAACUCCAGUCAGAAUUGCCGUGGAACCAUUUUAUUAAACAUUUAUCUAGAAAGAAAUAUAUGAGAGGAGACUCUGGUCACUUUUGACCAUCUCCACAGUUGCCACUCUGGUCAAAGGUAGUAUCAUCUGUGCCUGGAUUAUCAUGUUAGCCUUGGAUCUAUUCUGUUUUCGCCCUUGCUCUCUCUAUCAUUGCCACACCAACCUCUACAAUCUAAUCUUAGCAUCUCAACUAGAGUGAUCCUUGAAAGGGUCGCCUUCACUUAACCCUCCAUUUUACAGAAGAGGACAUUUUUAGAAAGGUUAAAUAAUUGAAACAAGGUGAAACAAUUAGCAAGAAGCAGAGCCAAGAUUCAAAUCCAGUAUUCCAGAGCCUAUUCUCUUUAACACUAGCUUGUACAGUAUUUUUAUUAACUCCUUCUAUGUUGAGAUUACAUUGUUUUAUUAUUUUUAGAGGAAGCUCAGAAAUGUUAGGCAUGUGUGAUAGAUAAGGCUUAUGUGAGAUAUGUGCCUUGGUCUCGUCUAAAAUAUGCUUUAAUUUUACUGUGAAUGACAGAAAGCUGACCCACUAUGGCAUCUUUGGUGUUUAUAUUGUGAUAAAGAGAAAUCAAAAAUAUGCAUUUUUAAACCAGUCUAUUAUAUUUUUUUCUUAGUUUUUCAGGUUUAAACUGUUAACACCUUCUUUUCUCCUAUGGCUUGUUUGAUUGCACUCUUUAACUGUGGCGCUGUAAUAAAGCUCAAUUUUAGUGAUCACAGAACCUGAAUGUUGAAAUAAGUUAUUUUUAGAAGUGCUGGGUUUAUGGUAAUGAUGAAAGUUGUAUUACGUUGUUAUGGCAACCAAAAUCCUAAAGUACUGAUUAAUGACAAGCUCACUGAUUCUGGAAGUAAGCAGUUCAUUUCUUAUCACAGCUCAGUACUUUAAAUAAUUAUUUAAAAUAUACAUAAUUUCAAUGAACAUAUUUUAAAAUGUGAAUGGUAUCUCCAUUUAGUUAUACAAUUAUCUUUGUUAGUGUUUUUGAAAUUUAUAAUACCGUAUUUUUAUGGCAUUAUGACAUUUAUAACUGGACAAGUUAAAUUUCUUAAGGUAUGGAAUACCCAUGCAUAAGUAACUAAAAUAUGUUGCCUUUAUGUGAAAUUAUGUAACAAACUCAUCUUCUCCUCAUUUAUUUCUUCUUCUUUUUUCUCAUAGCACAUUAGCUAUAUCUUUGAUAUAUACUGGUAUAGCAAACUAUAUGGGAAAAAAAAAACUGUACUUUGCAAAAGUAAGAAAGACUUUCCAAAACAUGAAAAUAAAGCAUAUAGGGUCUGGGAG